AGCAUGUGGACUCCUCCUCAAAACUAUGCCUCAAGGCCAGUAGCCGUACUCGGUGGCGGUGUCCUAGGAAGACGUAUCGCCUGCUGCUGGGCAUCCGCUGGUUAUAACAUCCGAAUCAGAGAUCCUAGCGAACAGCAGCGUAACGAUGCUGUCGAGUACUUCAAUGCAAAUGUGGCAUCAUAUGCCGAAGCUACUGGAAAGACCCCAGGCAAAGUCGCUGUCUUUGUAGAUCUCGAAUCUGCUGUCCAGGACGCUUGGCUUGUGUUCGAAGUCGUUCCUGAGAAACUCAACAUCAAGAUCGAAACCUUUGCAGAGCUCGAAAGACUUGCUCCCAAGGAUUGCAUACUCGCAUCUAACUCAUCAUCAUACAAGUCCAGUGAGAUGAUUGAGAAGGUCAACGACGAGACGAAAUGCCGUAUUCUGAAUACUCACUAUUUCAUGCCGCCGGCAAUCAUGAUGGUCGAACUGAUGACUGAUGGAUACACACACCCGGAGAUCUUCCCUUUCCUCGCAGAACGUCACAAGGAAGCAGGACUCGUCCCAUUCGUGGCUCGCAAAGAGUCGACUGGGUUCAUUUUUAACCGAACAUGGGCUGCUAUUAAGCGCGAGUUCUUGACGAUCUUGGCAGAGGGCGUUUCAACGCCCGAGGAGCUGGAUCAGAUGUGGACGUUAUUCUGGGGCUCCAAGCAAACUCCUUGUCGCAUCAUGGAUCAGGUUGGUCUAGACACUGUCCAAUUUAUCGAACAGCACUACGUUGAUGAGAGAGGACUGCCCAAAGACAAAACUGUCGAUUUCCUAGAAGAGAACUAUAUUAAGCCGGGAAGGCUCGGAGACAAGUGUCAAAAGGGCGGUCUCUAUCCCCCUUCAGCACCCGACACAUCCAAGAUCGUUCUUUGCGAGCUUGGUGUGUCGAAGUCGCUCAAGGGAAAGGAUAGCACGAAAGAGGUCCUCAGCAACGGCCGUCUGUUCCAAGUCUCAAAGGACGGCAGCAAGCCUUCGACAUUGUUGGAGAAAGCCGGCUUGCCAGAUGGUAUCGAGUACUGUAAAGCCGACAAUCGUCUGUACACCACUGACAUGGGCACUUUCGGCAACAACGACGGAAGAGUCUUUUCCUGCAAGCUUGAUGGCAGUGAUGUCAAAGAGAUUGUACCCCGUGGUAGUGUUCACACACCGAAGCAGACUGUCAUCGACGAGAAGAACGGCAAGCUAUACUUUUGCGACAGGGAGGGUCUUCGUGUAAUGUGCUGCAACCUCGAUGGAACUGAUCUUCAAACGUUGGUACAGACAGGAGACUGGCGAAAGCCCGAGGAAACAAACGACCAGAGCAAAUGGUGCGUCGGUAUCACACUGGCUCCUAAUCUUGGCAAACUGUUCUGGACACAAAAGGGCUCACCCAAAAGCGGCAAAGGUCGCAUCUUCAGCGUCAACAUCGAUAUGCCUGCCGGUGAUUCGGCAACUAGUAGAUCAGACAUGGAGUGUGUCUUGGACAAGCUACCCGAGCCAAUUGACCUCGAAUUCGACGACACCAACAACAUGCUUUACUGGACGGACCGAGGCGAAGUACCUUACGGUAACAGCUUGAACAGAGCACAGCUUGAUGCAAAUGGCCGUGCGCGCCCGAUGGACAAUGGCCUCUUCCCAAAGCAUGAGAUCCUCUUCAACGGCUUCGACGAAACUAUUGGACUAAGACUGGACAUGUCGAACGACACGAUCUAUGUUUCUGAUCUUGGCGGUACAUUGUGGAAGCUCCAGAAAGGCGUCAAAUCAAAGGUCUUUGAGGACAAGACCAAUGCGUUUACAGGAUUUGUUAUAGUCCCAUAGACACUUCACCGGAUUCAACCAGAAGCUCGAGU